AAAAAUAUCCCCUCAAUGUCUGGAAAGGCCAUUCGUAGGUGACUUAGUGAGAAUCCGAAUAUUUCUUGAGUCAUAUAUUCCAAAACCUUCAAACCAAAAAAAUGACCAGUAUGAUGAAAGCAAUUGGUGUUGAAGGGGGUAAGGGAAGCGCUGAUUCUUUGUUCGUUGAACAAAUUCCGAUCCCAAGCCCUAGCGCGGGGCAGGCUCUUAUCAAGAUCAAAGCGUUUGGUUUGAACCGAAUGGAUCUAUUGCAGCGUGAGGGAAAAUACCCUCUUCCUCCGCAAGCCCCUAGCACCAUGGGGGUUGAAUUCUCUGGGGUAAUUAUAGAAAUCGGCACAAACACCAAGAAUGGGUUUAAGGCUGGCGACAACGUGUUUGGACUGGCUUAUGGUGGCGCCUACGCGGAAUAUAUUGUGGUGUCAACAAAGAUGUUAAUACACAAGCCUUCAGAAUUGACAUGGGAAGAAGCUGCAGGAAUACCGGAGACCUGGAUAACGGCCAGUCAGGCACUUUACUUGAUCGGGGAGUAUACUGCUGGGAAGUCUGUUCUUUGGCAUGCAGGGGCUUCGUCAGUAUCGAUAGCCGGGGCUCAACUCGCGAAAGUUGAUAAUGCCUCUGCUGUUUAUGUGACCGCAGGAUCAAAAGACAAAAUUGAUUUCUGCGUACGCGAACUUGGGGCAACCGCUGGUUACAACUACAAAAGCCAGGAUUGGGCCUCUGAAAUACUCAAAGCAACAAACGGUCGCGGUGUUGACAUUAUAGUUGACUUCGUUGGCGCAGCCCAUUUUCAAGGCAACCUCGACGUGGCCGCGCAGGAUGCACAUAUCGUCCAAUUGGGACAGAUGAGUGGCUCUAUUCUUCCUGCUAAUAUUGAUAUUAGUGGGAUUCUAAGGAAAAGGCUGAGGUUCGAGGGCAGUACGCUUCGGAGCAGAGAUGAGGAAUACCAAGGGAGGUUGCGUGAUCUUUUGGUGGAACAUGCUUUACCCAAGUUUAUUGACCGAACUUUCAAGAUCUUCAUCGAAAAGGUCUUCCCAUUUGAUGAGAUUGCGGAUGCUCAUAGGUUACUUGAGAGCAACCAGACCAAGGGUAAGUUAAUAUGUACGAUAGACUAAAUGGAACCUAGCGGUCGAGAAGAUAACGUCGGCCUCUAAACCGUGAACCAGAGAUUGCUGGUGUAUAUAGUGGAUGUGUGACGAGGAUGGCAAGUGACCUCUAUAAUCAAUUCAAAGGAGACAGUAGAUGUACG